AUGGAUCUUCUCGAGCGAUCAUAUGUCUAUGGCAGCUCCCCAUUGCCCUCGCAAAUAUCAGCGACGCGAUAUCGUGUCCCUCUGUUUGGGGGAUCUAUCUCCAAAUCACUCUCACCUAUGCUGCAUUCAAUUUUUUUCCGUGCCAAUUCCGUUCCGUGGACCUUUCACCUCACCGAGACUACCGAUGGUGCGAUAUUCCAGAAUCAACUCAAUGCGGAAGACUGCAUUGGAACCACAAUCACCAUGCCAAACAAGGUGACCUUCCGGUCUUUACUCGACGAUUUGACCGAAGAGGCACGAGUGAUUGGGGCCGUCAAUACCUCAUUUGUCCGACUCGGCAAAGAUGGGAAGAGAAAGCAUAUCGGUACCAAUACAGACUGUGUCGGCAUCCGUGACGCCAUUCUGUAUCAAAUGCCGCAAGGACCCAUCAUGGCAAAGGGUCGCCCGUCAAUGGUGAUUGGUGGUGGAGGCGCUGCCAGAAGUGCAAUUUUUGCUCUCUGGAAAUGGUUUGGGUCCACAGAGAUAUACAUCGCAAACCGCAUCAAGUCCGAGGUCGACGCGUUGAUCGAAUUCUUCAAGUCGACAGCACCGGAUAUCCGUCUCCGGCACAUCGCAACUGUUGGGGCAGCUGCAGCCUUGGAGACUCCGUACCUUGUCAUUGGGACAAUUCCUAACACCGUUCCCCGGGAACCUGGGGAGAUUCUGUGUCGCCAGAUUUGCGAUACAAUUUUGCACAAGGGUGACAAGGGCAUCGUGGUGGACAUGUGCUAUCUUCCGUCCCCGGUGACAUGGCUAUAUACAAGUGGAAAGGAUAAUGGUUGGACUGUCGUCUCUGGGACAGAGGUUCUAGUGCGGGUUUGCAUUGCACAGCAAAUUCUCUGGGUAGAGAAGGAUGUCAAUGAACAGGGGGUCGAAAAGGCUAUGUCGGCUAUCAAGAAGGUGGUCAGUCAGGAUCAGACUGGCCCAAAAGCUUCAAAAAUUUGA